CGUCGAGGUCCGUCCUCUCCUGUCUUGAAUAACACUGGCGGCAACUCUAGUGGUUCAAGCUGGGCUUCAUCGCAUCGUCAACACCCUUCGUGAAUGGCCGGCCGCACACGCUAUUCUUCGGCAACGAAGUCCAUUCGGCGGGUGCGGUGGGCAUUGCAUUCACUUCGGACGGCUCUGCAAAGCCCCGCAUGGAUAUGGAGUUCCCUGAGCUGAAUGCGAUAACAGACAGGCUAUUGACGGUGACAGACAUUGAAGGAAACAUGGUACACACUCUGGAUGGCGCGAACCCGUCGCAUCUCAUCCUUUCAGCUAUAGAGAAGCUAAACGGCAAAGCUACCCCAACCCACGUUGACAUAGGCAUCAAAGAAGACGAGUUUUUCCUGGGCGUGCACCGCGACGGCAAGCUCUACCAACUCUACACCAUCCAAGGCGGAGAUCCUGCCCGCGGGACUAUCGCCUUGCGAAGUGAUGCCACUCCUGACAUUGGCUCGAAAAUCUACCGUAAGAGUACAGAUCCAGGGUUGAGGAGCCAUCUCUGUGAAGGUCUGAACUUCAUCACUGUCCCUCCUGAGGGCACCGCGGAUUCAGGUGGAAGCGGGGAAGAUGACGACCACGUCGCUGUGUUCCAGGGCACCUUCCUUGCCACCUCCGAGAACGGCUUUAUCAUCAGUCGUACCCGUGAGUCUGUACCAUGCGAACGCUCCUGGAACUCGACCGUUACUGGCGGUCACGCCACUAUUCACUGGAAUGACUAGUGAUCCCUCUCAUUCUCUAAAAGUAGCAAGUGGGCAUGUAUCGUACAGUAACAUGUUCUCAUGUUAUCAAUGCCAUUCCAUGUAAGUCACUCUGAAGCAGACUACGAUGGCAUUAUCGGAAGAGAUGGUAGCCUUGUUGAGUAUUAUACAUAUGUAGAAGCUGAAUAUAAUGCUGUAUCCUGCUACACUCCCUAUAGACCUGUGAGUUGAACCGUGACCCGCGAGCGAAAUACCUGCGAUU